AAACCAAAAACGAAACUUAAUAACCAAGCACAAGUUCCUGAAAAAAACAUCCCCUUUUGGAUAUGACUAAUAGGAUAGGAGGAACUCCCCCUGACUCUUUUGUUCAGUAGUCCUUGCCUGCAUUUCAGACAUGUUCAAGAUGAAAGCACCAGUGAUUCUCCUGUGGCUCUCUCUUCUUCAUCUAGGUUUGUCAAUUCCGGUGGGGCGUCCGAGCAACUGGCUAAGACAAUGUCGAGCCUCCACAAACCUCUCCAUCACAGCCUUAGAGGUGCUACCGGGCGGCGGCUGGGAUAAUCUACGAAACAUCGAUAUGGGCCGGGUCAUGAACCUCAGCUACUUCCAGUGCCAGACUACCGAAGACGGGCUCUACCUCAUCCCAGAUGAGGUGUUUGUUAUACCUCACAAAAAGACGGGAGUGGAAACCAACUCAGAGAUAAUGAGCUCCUGGCAGGUGCAGCAAAGCUCGACAGCUCGCAGCAUUAAUGCUGAAGUGUCUUUUUUUUCUCUGCUAAAUGGAAAAUUCUCCUCUGAGAACCAAAGGAUGAAAAUCCAUCAGGUCCAAGACUCUUCAAAUGCAACCAGAGUGCAGGUGCGUAACCACAUCUAAACCAUUAAGGCCUAUCCGGACUUCAACUUUGAUUCCAGUUUUGCUCAGCAAGCCAAGGAGAUAGCGGAUGCUAUAGAAAAUAACCAAACCAGGAAUGCAGACUAUCUUUCAGAGAAGAUGGUUCUGGACUUCGGGACACAUGUCAUCACCAGUGUGGACGCCGGGGCUACUUUGAUGCAGGAGGACUACCUCCGCUCCUCAUACGUGUCGGACAGCGUGUCGGACAGUUACAGCGUCAAAGCCUUGGCUGGCCUGAACUUUUUCGAUAAGCUCAAGUUUGACAUUAGCAGCCAAAACACACAACAGAAAUCAUCGCUUCAGACGUAUCAGUCAAAUAUUCAAUAUUCUCUUACUCAAAGCCACGGCGGUGCACCUUUCUAUCCUGGCAUCACUCUGCAGAAGUGGCAGGAAAGUACCAAAAACAACCUGGUUGCUAUUGAUCGGCAAGGAUUAGCCCUUCACUACUUUAUCAGUGAAAACUCCUUGCCUGACCUGCCACAGCCGACAGUUGCCAAAGUUGCUAAAUCAGUUAGUAAAGCCAUCCAGCGCUAUUACAAGGUCAACACUCGCCCUGGCUGUAUCGACGUCAACUCCCAGAACUUCAACUUCCAAGCAAACAUAGAUGACGCUUCUUGCGAGGGCCCCGCUACAAACCUCAGUUUUGGUGGUGUCUACCAGGAGUGUAUUCCCAUCUCCCAAAACGCAGGGCCACUGUGUGAUGCCCUGGCUCAGAAAAACCCUGAUACGGGUGCCUUUUCCUGUAAGCCACCUUACUCGCACACUUUACUGAGAUCAGAAGUGAGACAGCAAGCCUAUACCGCGUAUGAAUGUUACGAUCAGCGGUACUCAUGUGGGAUCUUUCACAUGUUCCAUUGCCAUCGCCAAGUGUGCCAGGACAACACUUACGUACGCUCAGCUCACAUAAACACUUUUUGGUGUUCGGUCAAUGGCAAUGCUCCCGAGAACUCUGGGUAUCUGUUCGGAGGGGUUUAUAGCCCGUCCCAAGUGAACCCCAUCACCAAGGCAAAAAGUUGCCCAUUACAAUUCCUUCCACUAAAGUUUUUAUCAGAUGGCCAAGUAAUCUGCGUGAGUAAUGACUACGAACUUGGUUUCAAAUAUUCUGUACCAUUCGGCGGUUUUUUCAGCUGUCAGUCAGGGAACCCCAUGGGCGGGCAACAAAGUCGCUGCCCCCCCAAGUUCAGUCAACACCUUGCUGCAGUCAGCGAUGGCUGUGAAAUCCUCUACUGUGUCCAGUCGGGACGGUUCACCGGUGGGCAGCUGCUUCCAAUUAACCUCCCCCCUUUCACCAGAGCACCACUUGUUAACUUGCAAGCAACCAACACGGUCAUGGUGAUGACAGAGGGCGAAAAAAGUUGGGUUAAAGUCGGACAAACCAAGACGUGGAAACUGGCCAACCAGGAGGAUUUUCAAGAGGUUUACAAAAGCUUUAACUCGGACCAGAGUCAGAUGUCCACCGGGGAAAAGGCAGGGGUAGCAUUUGGAGUGAUGGGCAUGAUGGCGCUGGUGCUCGUGGGAGUGGUGUUCUUGGUGAAAAGACGUCGAAGAGGGCUGUCUGGGACGGCGGUGAGGCAAGGUUACGUGGAAAUACGUCAAGAGGAAGUUGAGCGCGAUGAAGGGGAGGGAGCGAUACUGGUUGAGGUUGAUUGAAAUAUUAAGUGACAGCUGUUGACAUUUCAUAUAUGGCCCUAGUGUGUGAAUGUGAUUGUC